GAGAAAAGGAACAGAUGACCAACCUUCCUUCCUCCCUCACCUCCACUCUCUCUCUCUCUCCAUCUCUCUCGCUUCGCCUACGUGUUCCGGCGGAGGCACGGCCAUCCUUCUCCCCCGCCUCGCCUCCCCUCCACGGGCGCGCGGCCGGCGACACAGGGCUUUAAGUCCUCCUCCUCUUCCCCGAUCCCGCCCCUAGCCUUCUCCCCCCUGUGCGUGCGCGGACGACGGGCAUCUCGGUGGUCGAAAUCGGGUCGAAGCUCCUACCGUGAGCCGAGUGAGAUAAAACAUCGACCUGAGUGGAGACUGCCGAUUCAGCAUCAGGAGUGACGGAGAGGCUUGGCUCAGUGUGCCGUUCCUUUGGAAAAUAUUGCUCCGCAAAGCUUAAAAUAUCAAAACCAAGUGGAGGUUGCCGAUUCAGCGUCAAGAGUGACGGAGAGGCUCACAUUCGGGUGCAUUUUGUUCGGGAAUAUAGCUUCCUCAACAUUGGAGUGAUCCAGGGAGAGCCCCCUGCUCAUCACUGCAGGACGUAGAUAGGGAGUUUUCUUUGCUCCAUAACAAGAGGGCUGCGUAGUGGUAGCAUGGCUUCAAAGCUUGUGGUUCUUGGAAUCCCCUGGGAUGUGGAUACAGAAGGAUUAAGAGAGUACAUGAGCAAGUUUGGACCCCUGGAUGAUUGUAUCGUUAUGAAGGAGCGCUCGUCUGGUCGAUCUCGUGGGUUUGGAUAUGUGACAUUCUCGUCGGUAGAGGAUGCUAAGAAAGUUCUUAAGGACGAGCAUGUUCUUGGAAAUCGAACUCUGGAAGUGAAGAUAGCAACUCCCAAGGAAGAAAUGCGAGCUCCAGGGAUCAAGAAAGCUACUAGGAUAUUUGUUGCUCGAAUUCCACAAUCUGUGGAUGAGUCAAUGUUUCGGAGGCAUUUUGAAGGUUUUGGAGAAAUAAUUGAUCUCUAUAUGCCAAAGGAACUGGGUUCAAAAAGCCAUCGUGGAAUUGGAUUUAUCACUUUCCGGAGUGCAGAAUGUGUGGAUAGUAUCAUGCAAGAAACACAUGAGCUUGAUGGUACAACUGUAGCUGUUGACCGUGCAACUCCAAAGGAUGAAGAUGUUAGGCACCCCCCAAGGAGAGUUGUUCAGGGUGGUUAUGGUGCAUACAAUGCAUACAUCUCAGCUGCUACAAGAUAUGCAGCUUUGGGUGCGCCAACAUUGUAUGAUCAUGCAGGACCAGCUCAUGGAAGAGGACACUUAGGUGGGUCACUUGGAACAGGCAGAAAGAUUUUUGUUGGUAGACUUCCACAAGAGGCAAAUACUGAUGAUUUAUGGGAUUAUUUUGGCCGAUUUGGCCGAAUUGUGGAUGCAUAUAUUCCAAAGGAUCCUAAAAGAAGUGGCCACCGAGGUUUCGGUUUUGUUACUUUUGCUGAUGAUGGUGUAGCAGAUCGUGUUGCACGGAGAAGUCAUGAAAUUCUUGGACAGGAGGUUGCUGUGGACUCAGCUGCUCCACUUGAGGGUGGUUCAGGUGGAGGUUUCAUGGAACCUACAGAGGCAUAUGGAGCAUAUGGAGCGUAUGGCCCAAUGUUGCCACUGCCUUACGGCAGAUUCUCUGGUAGCCUUGAUUAUGAUUAUGGUUAUGGUCCCAGUGGAAGUAGUAGCAGGUCAAGAAUGGAUUCGCGAUACAGACCGUAUUGAGGCAUUCCCAUUGCAGCAUGGCAAGGCAUAAUUUUACCGCUAUUUUGAUAACAAUUAUCUGAAACUGGGUAAGCUUUUGGGGAUGAAUAUUCUGCUCACUUGUCAAGAUAAUGCAUGCAGUGUUUGUCACUGGUUUAUGCCAUCUAGAGCUUUCUAAUGCCUCUGCCUGGUACCGGUUGAUAUUCUUUUGUUUGUGAAGAGUGUUGGCGCUGCAUUUGCAAACUGGAAAUCCCAGCGUGCGCGUGAACUUUGUAUGUGGUUUUCUACCAAAUCUGAAUCGCUAAUAUAAUUAUCUGUUUUUAUAAGAAAAAUGUGCUCUUGCCCAAUUCAUCCUGAUGAAA